AUGUUUCAACCUCAUCAUCGCGUCGACAUGGAUAGAACGGGAGCGUAUUCUAGCUCAACUCAGAAGUUGGCUUCUGCUCAAUCGUACCACAAUGGUAAACCGAACGCAAUGAUAACUAAGGUGUCAAUAUCACCAAAAUCAAAAUAUAUGUUAACAUAUAGACAAGAAAUCAAAUUAUUUGAGUUAUGGAGUAUCAAAAAUAAAAAUAAUUCGCCCAUUAAAGUCAUCAGCGUAACUUCAUACGAUGAUGUUCGUGACUUUAAGAUCUCUGACAAAAAGGUUAUUUUGUAUGAAGCUAAUUAUGAUGCUAAAGUUGCUACUUAUAAACCAUCAAAUAUUCGAACUAAGUCUGUUUAUGUAUUCAAGGAAGAAGUUAAUUAUGGUGGCGUUACAAACGAUAAGAUGUGGAUGACAUCAUAUGAUUCGAUAUUUAUAAUGGAUUUAUAUACUUUUCAAUUUCAGAUGGUUCCCCUUUUUGAAAUGAACCUAAAUCCUAAACAAUUAGACUUUAAAUUUUCUGAAAAUUUAUUAAAUGAAUUUAUAAUGAAAGUCAAUGAUACAUAUCAUAUUUAUUCCAAUAAUGUUCCAGUUGGAAAGAUUACGGAUACAGAUGCUCGACAAUUUGAUUUUGCUGGAAGUAAUGAUGAACUUAUGAUUACAUUAUCAAGUGGUAACACCAUCAACAUUUACUUUUGGAAAUCAAAUUUAGAAAAAUCAAUUAACUUCAUUGAAUUAUUUGGAUCUGAAGAUCAAUUUAAACUUAUUGAAUUUAGAGGAAAAAAGGCCUUUGGAAUUUGUAAUGAAGAACCUAAGAUUAUUGAUAUUUCAGACGAUUUGAAAAAUCACAUAGUUAAUGAUAAUAUGAAUAAUUCAAUCAUUAACGAAGAUAAUGAGGACAUGAAUUUAUUCAGCGAGAAUCUUUUGAUGGAUUUAAAUCAAAAUCUUAAUGUUCCAAUACAAGAUGAAAGUGAUUUUUUUAAAAAUUAUCUUACAUCGUAUUUGAUGAACCGUGAAACCACUGGAUAUAUCUUUGAAUUAAUUGAAGAAAGUCAAGAUAAAAUGAUUUUAAAAGUUAAAGUUGACAAUGAAGAAUUUACAAGUAGCUUACAACACGUCGAAUCCUUGGAAUGGAAUUAUCAGAAAAUUAAUAAUACAUAUAUUGCAUAUAAUGAGAAAGAAUUAUUUAUUUACACCUUUAAUUUAAGAUCCAAAGAAUUUCGAACGCAUCGUUAUGAUCUUAGAUUUUUAAAAUAUGCAAUUAAACAUUAUAAUAAUCGCAUAUUGGAUUAUUCAGACAUCGCUGAUAUAGUUGAUCCAUCUGAUGAUGAAAAUAAGAUUGACCAAUUAUUUGGAAAAUUAUUAAAAUCAGCAAUUAAAAAAAAUAAUAUAGAUUUAUUAGGCAAAAUUUUUAACAAGACCAUUGAAACUUUUGAAGAAGAUCCGAAAAGUAAUAUUUACAUAUUAUCAAUAAUAUGUAACAAUAUUUCAUACUUGAGUUACAAAUAUUCUGAUUUCAUUUCAAGAUACUAUAAUGAUAUGUCUUUAAUUACCCCCUUUUCGAAGCCAAAGAUUAUAUAUAACGAAGGUGGCUUUGAACAUCUUCAUUCAUUUAGCAUGGAAUCAAACAUCACUAAAUUACCGCAUAAAAAAUUUCUUAAAUCUUCGUUUGAUUAUGAACCAAUACGUAUGAUUAAUGUUUUAGUUCCCAUAGCAAUUAUCCUUAUGGUUCUGGGAUGUAUAUUUUAUUAUAAGAUGGGUGUUUCUGAUGUAACUGCAUGUGCUGCAUUAUCUUUUUUUAAUUUAAUUCCUUUACUUAUGCCAUUUGGUUUACAAUACUUUGUUUUUCUCAUACAAAUAUUUACAAUUUGGACAAAUGUUAUAUCCAGCUAUUUUGAAUCAACCAAUAAAUUAGCAAUUGAAAUGAUUUCACUUAUUAUAAUAGUAGCAUGCAUAAUGUCAAGGAUAUUUAUCAAAGUCAAAGAAAAAUAUAAUAGACCAAAAAUAUUGUUCUUAAUCCCAUACCCUUAUUAUGUUUCGUAUCCUCCUGAUUAUAAUUGGUUUAUUGAAAUAUUUUGGCCUCAAUCCAGCCCAUUUAUAAAAGCAAAUGAUAUUGAAUUGUAUAAAACCUGGAAUGGAGAAUCUUUAGUUAAUUUUAAAUGGACUGUAUUCGGAAGAUGGUAUUAUGCGGUAAUUUGGUCAAUAUAUUUGAUUUUUCUUAAUUGCUUUGUAAUGGCAACAAAGUCUCAAAAUCUCGAACGAAAGAUUUGGUCAUCAUUAUCUCUUUUUUUGGGUCUGUUUCAACUUUUAUUUGAAAUUCGUCAAUUUAUUAUGGGUCCUAAGAAAUGCUUUCAAAAUAUAUGGAAUUGGUUUGAUUUAGGUGUUUAUUUAUUGCCCUCAUAUAUAACAAUCCUUUGGCUCAUGGAUAAAGAUAAUGAACAUAUACCAUAUCUAGUUUCAAUUGCAUGUCUUAUACUUGAUAUUAAAUUUAUACUUUUUCUUCAAGUAUUUGAAUCAUUUGGAGUUUAUUUUGCUAUUAUUAAAGAACCAAAAGAACAAUUUGGUAUAGAAAAUUUGGGAGAUUUAAAAGAUAGCAAUAAUCCUUGGAGACUUACAGAAAAGUACCAUCAAAUUGCUGAAGGACCAGAUGGAAAAUUUAUAUCAAAUUUUACCUUAUAUAAAGAACCUGAUGAGCGUACAAAUUUAUUUACAAAUUAUCUCGGUUCCCUUUUCGCGAUGUAUCUAUUCUUAACAGGAAAUAAUCCACUAGGUGCAUGGUCCCUUGAAGAAAAUAUUCUUUUGACCAUAUUGAUGGUUUUAUUUUCAUUUAUAGUUGUUAUAUUCCUUAUGAAUUUAUUUAUUGGACUAUUGAAUAAGGCGAUUGACGCUGAUGAUGACCGAGUGCAUUAUAUUGCACAAAAAGCAGAGGCUAGCAGAGUUUAA